GUGAUGGGGUUAUGGGACUAGGCCCAGAGCCUAAUCGGCCCAGGCCCCGAACUUGGACCAGCGGGCCCAAGCCCAGCAACCCAGAGCUCGAGUCAGCCCAACCAACCAGGGCAAUCAAGGAGCGGAAGCCCAACUGCGAGCCUGCGGUCCAGCCUACCCGGGAGCCUGCCUUCCAGCCCAGUGGGGAGCCCGCCUUCCAGCCUAGCCAGGAGCCUGCCGACCACCAGCCCAGCUGGGAGCCUGCGGUCCAGCCCAACUGGGAGCCUGCGGUCCAGCCUACCCGGGAGCCCGCCUUCCAGCCUAGCCAGGAGCCUGCCGACCACCAGCCCAGCUGGGAGCCUGCGGUCCAGCCCAACUGGGAGCCUGCGGUCCAGCCUACCCGGGAGCCUGCCUUCCAGCCCAGUGGGGAGCCCGCCUUCCAGCCUAGCCAGGAGCCUGCCGACCACCAGCCCAGCUGGGAGCCUGCGGUCCAGCCCAACUGGGAGCCUGCGGUCUAGCCUACCCGGGAACCUGCCUUCCAGCCCAGUGGGGAGCCUACCUUCCAGCCUAGCCAGGAGCCUGCCGACCACCAGCCCAGCUGGGAGCCUGCGGUCCAGCCCAACUGGAUGCCUGCGGUCCAGCCUACCCGGGAGCCUGCCUUCCAGCCUACCCGGGAGCCUGCCUCCAGCCCGGUCAGAAGCCUUCCUCCAGCCUAGCGGGAAGCCCACCAUCCAGUCCAGCAGGAGGGAGCUCAAGCGUCCAGCCUGCCAGCCAGGCUGACCUGCCAGCCAAGAAGAGUAACGGCCAACAAUUAAUGCGCGACUUAAUUAUGUGUUUAAUUCUGUAUUAAUGUUGUAAUUAAUUUAGUCAUUAUUAUGUUCGGCAGUUACCAUUUGUAAUCGCCUAUAAAAGGCAAUUCGA